AUCUUUGUAAGGCAUUGCUUUAACUCGAUCGUGUACAACAAUAUUGCACACAAACAUGGCGAGCAGACAGGAAGAAAACGAACCAUUAUUGAACAAUCAUUGUCAGGAUGAAUAUCAUGAGGAAGAAGAAAUUAUACCAACUGCCCCUCCUGUGCACGCUGUAGCAAAUGUCCAAAAUGCAGAUCUUGGUCCACCUUCAGAACCUCCCCCAUUUGAUGCGACACCUCCCCCGCCUAUCAUGCCGGGAGAGGAUCCUCCGCCAUACACCCCCGGACCACCAGGAGCUAUGCCCAUGAUCAACUGCAGAGUUUGUCAAGCUAUGAUCAGCUUGGAAGGAAAGAUGCAUCAACAUGUUGUCAAGUGCAGUGUGUGUCUAGAGGCAACGCCAAUAAAGGAAGCACCACAAGGAAAGAAAUAUGUCAGGUGUCCAUGUAAUUGCCUUCUCAUCUGCAAGGCAUCAUCUAAGAGGAUCGCGUGCCCGAGGUCGAACUGCAAACGCAUUAUCAACCUCCAGUCUACGGUGUUCCCUGCUAAUGCCAGUGCUCCAUCAACUCUUACUACCAUAUCUGGCUACAGAGUGGUAUGUGCUCACUGCAACCAGUGGUUUAGGUUUCCUCACCACUAUGCCUUGGCCAGAUGUCCGUACUGCCGGAAAGUUUCAUCAGUUGGGCCAAGUUAUGCCAAGAAUCGUUGCAUAGUUUACGCUGUGUUGGGAAUCGUCUUUCUGGCUGCAGGCAUUGGAGUCACUAUUGGAACAGUUACAUUGGCACGAGAGCAAGGAGGAAUUUAUUUUGUAUGGAUUGGUGCCUUUAUUGUGGCUAUCUUGAAUUUCAUGAGGUCUUGCUACUAUGGCAGCAUGAAAGUGAGCAACAUAGAGAACGAAUGAAGGCACUGGAACAUCAACGACAGCAAGAAUAUGAAUCUGAAGGUCAUUCUCACCAUGAUUUACACUCCUACAUCGCUCUUGGAAAUGUUGAAGCAUCACAAGAAGCCUUAUGGGAGUUCAAUGUGUAUACGAAUCCAACCAUUUGGUGACAUCAAAGAAUGCUCUUUGUAAUGUUUAUAAGCUUUGAAUCACUGGCUUUUGAAAAACCAACACAAGUGAUUUUACAUCAGGGGAAUGCCAUGUAGGAUUAUAAACAGACAUUUUG